AAUUCGUUUUUUAAAAGUUACAGUCCAUUUGUGUUUAUUUUAGAUGUUGUACGUUGCGGAUUAUAUAACCACAUCGCCUAUCCGAGUCGAUUGGCGUGCUCUGAGGACUCUUAAAAAACGGUUUCGUGUACUCUAUGUUUGUCUCCACUAGCGUGAUCCCAUCGCAUCUGGCUGUGAAAUAAGAUAAAGAUGUCGGACGAAGAGGAGACUCCAGUGGCCAAGAAGGCCCGGAUCUUCUAUGGCAGCCUGGAGGAGAAGGAACGGGAGCGGCUGGGCCGUGAGGGAGGAGCUGCUGCCAGUGACGCAGUGAAGGCGGGCAUCGAGGCCGGCCACAUCAACAUCUCCAGCGGGGAAUCCAUGGAGCUGGAGGAACGGGUGAGCGAGCGACAGGCGGAGGUGCUGGCAGAGUUUGAGCGCAGGAAGAGGGCCCGACAGAUCACUGUCUCCACUGAUGAUGCAGAGGUCAAGGCCUGCCUGCGGGCUCUGGGGGAGCCAAUCACGAUCUUCGGGGAGGGCCCAGCUGAGAGACGGGAGAGGCUGCGAAAUAUCCUGUCAGUGGUUGGACCGGAUGCUUUGAAAAAGUCUAAGAAGGAAGAUGAGAAGGCCAAGCGCUCACAGGAGGAGUACCAGCAGACCUGGUACCAUGAGGGCCCCACCACACUGAAGGAAGCCCGUCUCUGGUUGGCCCGCUAUUCCCUGCCCCGGGCCACGCUGCGGUUAGACGACGCUCGGGCUCUGAAGGAGGUUCCCGAAUCGACGCGCACGGUGCGUCAGCAGGAACUCCACAAGACGCUGAGGAACCUGAACAACUUCUGUAGCCAGAUCGGUGAUGACCGGCCGAUCUCGUACUGUCAGUUCAGCCCUAACUCCAAGCUGCUGGUCACUGCGUCCUGGAGUGGCUUGUGCAAACUGUGGGCUGUGCCCGACUGCAGCCUCGUUCGCACUCUGAGAGGGCACAACACCAAUGUGGGGGCCAUCAGCUUCCACCCCCAGGCCACAAUAUCACUGGACGAAUCAGACGUAAACAUGGCUUCCUGUGCAGCCGACGGAUCAGUCAAACUUUGGAGUCUAGACAGUGAUGAACCCGUGGCAGACAUUGAAGGGCACUCGAUGAGGGUGUCCCGUGUGGCCUGGCACCCGUCUGGACGCUUUCUGGGGACUACAUGCUACGAUCACUCGUGGAGAUUGUGGGACCUUGAAGCCCAGGAGGAGAUCCUACAUCAGGAGGGCCACAGCAAGGGGGUGCAUGACCUACACUUCCACCCUGAUGGCUCUUUGGCUGCAACUGGAGGGCUGGAUGCUUUCGGUCGAGUGUGGGACUUGCGGACUGGGCGCUGCAUCAUGUUCUUGGAGGGCCACCUCAAGGAGAUCUACGGCAUCAACUUCUCGCCCAAUGGCUUCCACAUGGCAACUGGAAGUGGUGAUAACACCUGCAAGGUGUGGGACCUUCGGCAGAGGAAGUGCAUCUACACCAUCCCUGCCCACCAGAACCUGAUCUCCUCCGUCAAAUUCCAGCCCACAGACGGUCACUAUUUGCUGACGGGGGCCUACGAUAACACGGCCAAGGUGUGGACACACCCGGGCUGGUCCCCCCUGAAGACGCUGGCCGGCCACGAGGGCAAGGUGAUGGGGCUGGACGUGUCAGCGGACGGGCAGCUCAUCGCCACUUGCUCCUAUGACCGCACCUUCAAGCUCUGGAUGUCUGAGUGAGGGGGGAGGGGCUUGUGUUCUGCUAGCAGCUGUCAGUCACAUCAGCAGGGAGGGGGGUGUAUCUGUGAUGCGUGUGUGUGCGUGUGUGUGUGUGUGGGUGGGUGGGAUGCUCUCUUAGGGGUGUGCUGUCGGAUCUGAGCUGUAACCUGACAUUCAGCUGUAAAAACCUCGAGGGCAGGGUCUGAACGUAGCAGAAACAUCUGGAAGUUCAGCAAAUUUAUCAAAAGUGAGCAGGACACUGAAAAUUUGGAGAGUAUCACUUCAUAUGGUAGGUUUUUAGUUUUACUUUCAAAGCAUCAUAAAUGUCUGUAGUUUAAAUCCACUCUUCCUCCAGUUUCUCAAACCAUUUUUUUACAAUGUCACUGCAAUUAAAAUUAACAUAUUUUUCUUA